UGAGGCCAGUGAUGGAGCGCUGACGGGGGGCGCGGCGGUGGCGGCGAGGGCUCGGCGGGCCAUUGGCUCCCGGCAGUGGCCGAGGCGUCUGGGGCACUGGAGGCGCGAGCAGGGCCGGCGGGCCGGGCCGGGGAACCUUUGGAGCUGCAGCGAUGGAGGACCAGAGGGACGCGCUCCGGAAGAUCAUCACCACGCUGGCCGUGAAGAAUGAAGAGAUUCAGAGUUUCAUCUACUCCCUCAAGCAGAUGCUGCUGAACGUGGAGGCGAAUUCGACCAAGGUCCAGGAGGACCUGGUGACGGAAUUCCAGUCUCUCUUCUCCCUGCUGGAGGAAGUCAAAGAGGGCAUGCUGAUGAAGAUCAAGCAGGACCGCGCCAGCCGGACCUACGAACUACAGAACCAGCUGGCCGCCUGCACGCGGGCCCUGGAGAGUUCUGAGGAGCUUCUGGAGACAGCAAACCAAACACUACAAGCCACAGACUGUGAGGACUUUCCCCAGGCUGCCAAGCAAAUCAAAGAUGGUGUGACCAUGGCCCCUGCCUUCCGACUGUCACUGAAAGCCAAGGUCAGCGACAACAUGAGUCACCUCAUGGUGGACUUUGCGCAGGAGCGGCGGAUGCUCCAGGCACUCAAGUUCCUCCCGGUCCCCAGUGCACCUGUGAUUGACCUGACCGAGUCCCUGGUGGCGGACAACUGUGUGACUCUGGUGUGGCGCAUGCCGGAUGAGGACAGCAAAAUCGACCACUACAUACUGGAGUAUCGGCGCACCAACUUUGAGGGGCCCCCGCGCCUCAAGGAGGAGCAUCCCUGGAUGGUCAUUGAAGGCAUCCGGAACACGGAAUACACUUUGACCGGUCUCAAGUUUGACAUGAGGUACAUGAAUUUCCGAGUGAAGGCCUGUAACAAGGCGGUCGCAGGUGAAUUCUCGGAGCCAGUGACGCUGGAGACACCAGCGUUCAUGUUCCGCCUGGAUGCGUCCACAUCCCACCAGAACCUGCGGGUGGAUGACCUCUCCGUGGAGUGGGACGCCAUGGGCGGGAAGGUGCAGGACAUCAAGGCCCGUGAGAAAGAUGGCAAGGGGCGAACAGCAUCUCCCGUCAACUCCCCGGCCAGAGGAACCCCAUCACCCAAGAGGAUGCCCUCGGGUCGUGGGGGACGGGAUCGUUUCACAGCUGAGUCCUACACGGUGCUGGGGGACACGCUGAUCGAUGGCGGGGAGCAUUACUGGGAGGUGCGCUACGAACCCGACAGCAAGGCCUUCGGCGUUGGGGUGGCCUACCGCAGCCUGGGCCGCUUUGAGCAGCUGGGCAAGACAGCAGCGUCCUGGUGCCUGCACGUCAAUAACUGGCUGCAGGUCAGCUUCACGGCCAAGCAUUCCAACAAGGCCAAGGUGCUGGACGUCCAGGUGCCAGACUGCCUGGGUGUGCACUGCGACUUCCACCAAGGCCUUCUGUCGUUCUACAAUGCCCGGACCAAACAGCUGCUGCACACCUUCAAGACCAAGUUCACGCAGCCACUGCUGCCUGCUUUUACGGUGUGGUGUGGCAGCUUCCAGGUGACCACUGGCCUGCAGGUGCCCAGCUCUGUGCGCUGCCUGCAGAAGCGAGGUAGCGCCACCAGUAGCUCCAACACCAGCCUCACUUAGCGCGCCCCCAAACACACGCCCACCCCUGUCGGUGGGGCUGAGGUGGGGUGGGGGGCCGCCGCUGAGCCCCGUUGUUUCGGCCGGACACCCUCCUCUCACUUGCUGCUUGGAGCCUUAGCCACGGAC